CAAAAGAUGCUAGUAGCUACUGAAUUCACUGCCAUUUUCAUUCUAGCAAAUUGCGGGAUAUAUCGCCGAGCAAAUGAUGGGACUAGCUGCAUGGAAAUGAUGAAAAUUCCGUCGCGGGUUUUUGUGUUCUGACUCCAUGUCAUCGUGAAUUACGUUCUGCGCUAUUGUUCUAUUGUGGAUUAUCGGGAGACGAUAUUGCAUUUGACACCGACACUGCAUUGCAUUUCACACGGAUUUCUCUGGACUCACAUCAGGAAUGAGUAUAGAAAUCCCCGAAGGACUGACGGAGCUGUUGCAGAGCUUUACCGUGGAAGUACUAAGGAACCAACCGAGGGAUUUACUGGAGUUUGCCUUGCAGUAUUUCACGCAACUGAAGGAGAACGAAACCAAAGGGGCCGCAUUUGACAAUGACCAAAAUUCGGCCUCGAGAUCUGGGAAAGCUGUUAACUUUAUCGAAGAAGCCAUGCAAAUCGAUUCAGAAAAUGGAGAGGAAACGGAGGAUGACGACGAGGAGUUCAUAGCGCCAGUAAUCAACAGAUUUACAAGAAGAGCCUCCGGUAAGUCAUAG